AUGGUUUUGUACGAAUCUUACAUUGCCCUAAACAAACACAUAAAAAAGGACGACGUGAAGAAUUUAAUGAAAAACUUCCACUUUAUAGUAAACAAAUACAAUGGCAAUAUAAUCAACAUCAACGAUUUGGGUACAUUUCAUUUUGGUAGAUUUUACUGCAUUACAUUUUACUCGAACAGCAAAAGUAUAAAAGACCUAAACGAAUUUUUCCACAGCAACACGUUUAUUUUAAGAUUUUUAAACGUUAAAAUGAAAUACAGAUCAAAUUUUUUGGUUGCGCCGUUUUCGUACAUUAAUGAGUAG